UGUUCCUGGUCCAACCAGGACUGAGCUAGAAGCUGGGGCUUUUGACAGAGUUGUGCAAGUAGAAGAAGGAGAGGAUGAGGCUGGUUCUCAACCUAUGGAACCCUAUGUUGGCAUGAGGUUUGACAGCCUUCAAAUUGCUAAGGAUCACUACAACAGUUACGCACUACGGAUGGGUUUCUCUAUCAAGAUGAACACCUCUAGACGGACACCCCGCACCAAUGAAUUGAUAAAACAACAGUUUUGCUGCAACAAGUUCAAGAAGCCCAAAGCUGAUGAUGGAGGAGCUGAGGCUCCUCCUUACCUGGACCCUAUUCCAGAUCCAACAUCUGUUAACAGUGAUGAGGAGAUGGAAGAAGAACCUCCAAUAUUUGCUGAAGAGGAUGCUGGUACUAGUAAGAAGAAGAAGAAGCGCAAACGUGAGACAAUAAAGCAGACUGAAUGCAAGGCGAAAAUGUUGGUGAAGCUGAUAGAUGGGCGAUGGGAGGUGACGCACUUUGUUCGUGACCACAAUCAUCCGCUCGUGAACAAACCUUCAUUGUCCAAAUACUUGAGAUCCCACCAAGGCAUCUCACCUGAUGAAAAGGAGUUUCUGCGCAUCUUGUAUAACUGCAACUUGACUACAGGACGAAUGAUGCAUGUAAUGGCAGAGUUCUAUGGAUCUGAGAUGAUGGUGCCGUUCGGACUAAAGGCAAUAACAAAUCUUUGUACAAGUUUCUGUAGAGAUGACACAAAGGAGGGUGAUCUGAUUGAGACAAUUGCGCACUUCAAGGAUAUACAAAAAACCGAUCCAGACUUCUUCUAUAAGGUGAAAUAUGAUGAAGAGGACAGAGUUGUCAACAUAUUUUGGGUGGACGGCUUAGCUCGAAAAGCUUAUGUGGAGGCGUACCACGAUUGCAUAUCGUUUGACACCACCUACAUGACCAACUUGUACAAUAUGCCGUUCGCGCCCUUCAUAGGAAUAAACCGACAUGGCCAAUCUUUCAUGCUGGGUUGCGCGUUUGUGAGGCAGGAGUUGGCAUCGAGCUUUGAUUGGGUCUUUGGAGCAUUCCUAGAGGCUAUGGAUGGCAAACCUCCUGACAACUUCAUCACCGAUCAGGAUGGUGCGAUGAGGCAGUCAAUACAGAGCAUCUUUCCAACCACCGUGCACCGUUGUUGUCGAUGGCACAUCAUGAAAAAGGCUCAGGAAAAGGUUGGUUGGUUGCUGUGCCGGAAUCCAGGACUCUUUGAUGAUUUCAACAAGUGUGUUGACUUCAGCUUCACUAUAGACGAGUUUGAGCAGAAUUGGGCUGGGUUAAUGAUCAAGUAUGAGGCUAUGGCACACACGCACUUUGAGAAGUUGUACGAAUACAGGUCAACUUGGGUGCCGUGCUACUUCAAACACAGGUUCUUUCCCUUCCUCCAGUCUACACAGCGUAGUGAGGGGUUCAACGCCGUCCUCAAAAGGUUGUUAUUGACAUGCCAACUAGUGAACUACAAGAUGCCAACUAAUGCCAACUAA